AUGGAUAUUAGUAGUAUAUGCCACUUCAAUAUUCAUAUGCGCUGUUUUGAAUUAUUCCAGGGACAAGCGAAUGCCAACGACUGGGUGGCAGAAGCCGUUAAAGAUGUCAACAUGAUGGGGAGAAGCUCCUCGUCCGGAAUGUCGCCCGUUGGCGGAGACUCGGAGACGGCCGUCACUCUGCUUCCAAUUUUACAAGCCCAACGUGAAAGAUUCAGACAACGUAACCAAGAGCUCGAGGCGCAAAAUUUGGAACAACAGCAGCAGAUGGCGUUACUCCACAGCGAAGUGGAACGUCUCCGGACCGAUAACGUGGCCCUUUACGAGAAAGUUCGCUUCCUUCAAAGCUAUUCCGGCCAGCGCGCUACCAAGAAUCCCGCUGCAGCCAUAAGCUCCGAGACAGAGGAACUUUAUGAACGCCAAUACGAGGAUCGUCUCGAUCCCUUUGCUUCGUUCUCUCGCAGGGAGCGUCAACGUAAAUUGGCUCAACUGGGUCCGUUCGAGCGCAUCACUUACUCGAUGGGACAAAUGAUCCUAUCAAGCCGUGUAGCUCGCACUGCCGGUGUCAUUUACUUUUCCGUCCUGCAUCUGCUCGUCUUCCUCGUUCUCUACCGUCUGGCCUACACGGAAACCUGUCACAGGGAUAUGGCCGCCGAGUGUGCUCAAAAGUAUGACGAUCACAUGCUGGAAGCGCAUGGACUGCACAACUGA